GGCUAACAAUCACAAGGAGUGGCAACUCAUGGACUCUUUAAUCCACAUAAGCUCAUGAUGCUCCUUUAAAUCCAUCCAAUCUGUUGGGUGUCUGUACUUAACAGCCCCACUCAACCAAUCUGGGUCAGUAGAUGUUACAGUAAAGCACAGUUCCUGUCUGUGCAGAGCAAGAAUUGGAACUUUUAAAAAUCACAUUGUUUAAACUGGAGACUUUUGUCCGAUCCUGACUCAGCUGACAUCCUCAUUAUGGAGGGUUGAGGUGGAAUGAAACGUAACUGGACAAUAGCUCGAAGAAGCAAUAAGGUCUGAAGAUUUUACUGAGAAAAUGGAACUCCAAAACCAACUGCAGGGCGACUGGAGCCGGUACUUUUGCAAUCGGCCGGUGGAGUUUGAUGAAAAUGCAAACCAUCAUCUUCUCUGUAGUAAGCUGGAAAGCAGCUCUGUGAGGCUGGAGGGAAAUUCAGAUCCGUACUGCAGCAUCUGGGGGGACGACGAGCAAGCAAGAGUCAAGAGCUGUAACAAUCGGUCAUUUGCCAUGGACGCUAGAAUACGACUAGAUCAUUUGAAGUCAGCGUGUAAUUCCCCCUUACCUCGCCGUGCCACGGAUGGGAUAUUGUACAACUUUAACUGUCCAAAAGACAACUGGGACAGCGAUGGGUCACAGGAAGAAGAGUCCGCUUUGGAUUCAGUAGAGCUCCUUGAUGUUGAGGAUGAUGUGCAGGAUGAAGAGAGCUGUGUUCCUCACAGGUUGUAUGAGUCUCCAAAGAAGCAGGCGUUCGUAGAGAGAAGUGAGUCUGCUCUGAGAUGGUGUCGACACGUCCUGGAUAACCCCAGUCCUGAGAUGGAGGCGGCGUGUCGUUCACUGAUGAACAGGCUGGAUCAAAGAUCAAGCAGUCACUUCUACAGACGUCCUGCAGUUUUCCAUCGUAGUGUGAGCUCCUCUAUGAACAAAACAUCUGUCAGCACCACACACAAUAAUGUCUCCGAUGGUUCAGGUGAUGAGCUGAGCCUCCCCCAUGACUCCAUAACCCCAAGCUACAAACUGCAGGACAUGACAGAUGUCCACAUCAUGGCUCGCAUACAGGAAGCCAGUUUGAGACAGGACUAUGUUUCCACACCUGCUGGGAGAAGCCCCGAGUCGCAGUCCGGUCUGUCAUCACUGAGCUCUUCCCCUCACCGCUCACCAUCAUCAGUAGCAAGGCAGGGCUGCCAAAGUCCAACUCUGGCUAGACUGCACCAGCAGGUCGCCCAGCUCAAGCUGCUGAAACGGGCUCAGAAUCAAGCCACAUCACCAGGCAGGACCAGGUCACCUCUGCGGACCAGCCUCCGCUCCCUCCAGGCUGUGAGGAACAGCAGAAGUUUAGACAUCGACGACGAUAACAACUACCAGUCUGCUGAACAAAUCCCUGCUUACCCACCAUCAGCACACACGAACUCCAACAGCUCGUUGCACUCAGUGAGAAACUCCUCAGACCGGACGGCGGCUGUGAAGAGACUGCUGAGGUCUCAGUCUCUCAGCCCCUGCAGGAUCCCUCACCCUGCGAAGGGAUACUUGUCUCUUCAUGGACGUGUUUUUGCCUCACCUGAAAGGUCGACCACAGUGGCUUGGGGCAGAAAUGUGUCAUCCACACAAAGAUAG